CUCUCAACUACGCUUUCCCCUACUUGUAACAAACACUCUGGUUAGGGUUUAUGGGCAAGACAUAAACCCUUUCACCGCCAAAAUCCUAAUUAGGGUUUCACAACGGACAGAGAGGAUUCACCAUGAAUUACAGGUUUCAGAAUCUGCUAGGCGCGCCGUACCGCGGGGGAAACGCCGUCGUGGUGAACAACACUCUGCUAAUCUCACCGGUAGGCAACCGCGUGUCCGUCACCGACCUCCUAAAAUCCGAAACCAUUACCCUGCCCUGCCAAGCCUCCACCAACCUUCGCCGUAUAGCAGCAUCACCAGAUGGUCUAUUUCUCUUCACCGUCGACGAGAACAAUCGCUGUUUAUUCAUAAACCUCCCCCGCCGCGCCGUUCUACAUCGUCUCUCCAUCAAGUACCCCGUCGCCGACGCGAAAUUUAGCCCCGACGGUCGAUUCAUUGCCGUUGCAGCCGCUAAGCUUCUCCAAAUAUGGCGGUCUCCGGGAUUUAAAAAGGAAUUCUUCCCCUUCGAGUUGAUUAAGACCUUCGCCGAUUGUAAUGAUCGUAUUACAUCACUGAACUGGAGCCCUGACUCGGAUUAUUUAGUUGUUGGGUCCAAAGAUUUGACUGUGAGGCUCUUUUAUUUGAAUAAAGGGAAGAAUAAGAAGAAUGUUUACGGUAAGCCGUAUUUAUUUUUAGGUCAUAGAGACGUGAUUGUGGGAGCAUUCUUUGGGGUUGACAAGAAGACUAAUGCUGUCACGAAAGUUUAUACUUUAUCACGUGAUGGCGCAAUUUUUACCUGGGGGUAUAACAUCAAUGGUGCUGAACUUGAGGACAUGGGGGGAGAUUUUUCAGAGCCAGAUUCUCCAGGGACUCCGGUGCAGGGGCAGGGGCAGAAUGGGGAAGAUGGAAAUGAAGCUAAUUUGAGGAAAAGGAAGGCUUUUGAUGGUAGAGUUGAUGAAUUGGAUGAAGAGAAUGGGCGUUAUUUGCAUAAGAUGAAAUGGGAGUUGUUGAAAAAGAACCUUUUCAUGCAGACCCCUGCAAAGUUAACAGCAUGCGAUUAUCAUAAGGGGCUUGAUAUGGUGGUGGUAGGAUUCUCUAAUGGUGUGUUUGCUCUCUAUCAGAUGCCAGAUUUUGUGUGCAUUCACUUGCUAUCAAUUUCGCGAGAGAAAAUCACUACGGCUGUAUUUAAUGGUCUCGGUAAUUGGUUAACAUUUGGGUGUGCAAAGCUUGGGCAAUUGCUUGUGUGGGAGUGGAAAUCAGAGACUUAUGUACUGAAACAGCAGGGACACUAUUUUGAUGUGAAUUGCCUUGCGUAUUCACAGGACUCACAGCUGUUGGCCACAGGAGCUGAUGAUAACAAGAUUAAGGUUUGGACUGUUUCUUCAGGAUUCUGUUUUGUAACAUUCUCUGAGCAUACAAAUGCUGUUACUGCGCUGCAUUUCAUGGCUAGCAACCAUUGUCUCCUGAGUGCAUCUCUGGAUGGGACUGUUCGUGCUUGGGAUCUUUUCCGCUACCGGAACUUUAGAACAUUUGUGACCCCUACACCAAAGCAAUUUGUUUCUUUAGCGUCAGAUCAGAGUGGUGAAGUGAUUUGUGCUGGAACUCUUGAUUCAUUUGAGAUAUUUGUUUGGUCAAUGAAGACAGGCCGGUUGUUGGAUGUUCUUAGUGGCCAUGAGGGUCCUGUUCAUGGAUUAAUGUUUUCUCCCACUAAUGCUAUCUUGGCUUCUUCUUCUUGGGACAGAACUGUACGCCUGUGGGACAUUUUUGAAGGAAAAGGUGGUGUUGAGAAAUUUGAUCAUACGCACGACGUCCUUACACUUGUUUACCGCCCAGAUGGUAAACAGUUGGCUUGCAGCACACUAGAUGGGCAAAUUCAUUUUUGGGAUCCACUACAAGGCUUGGAAAUGUUCACAAUUGAAGGCCGUAGAGACAUUGCUGGUGGACGCCUCAUGACUGAUCGCAGGUCAGCUGCUAACUCAUCUGCUGGAAAGUGCUUCACAACCUUGUGUUAUUCUGCUGAUGGUAGCUACAUACUAGCUGGAGGAAGCAGUAAAUACAUUUGUAUGUAUGAUGUUGCUGAUCAGGUACUGCUGCGGAGAUUCCAAAUAACCCACAAUCUAUCACUAGAUGGAGUUCUUGAUUUCCUAAACUCAAAGAAUAUGACUGAAGCAGGGCCAUUGGGUUUGAUAGAUGAUUAUAAUAGUGACACAGAGGAAGGUGUGGAUAAGCAAACACGGGAUAAAUUGGCAUAUGAUUUACCAGGAUCAAUGCCCAACCAUGGAAGGCCUAUUGUCCGGACAAAGUGCUUAAGGAUCGCGCCUACUGGCCGAAGUUGGGCAGCUGCAACUACGGAAGGUGUAUUGUUAUAUUCUAUGGAUGAGUCCUUUAUAUUUGACCCCACGGAUCUGGACAUGGAUGUUACACCAGAGGCAGUUGAUGCAGCUUUAAGAGAUGGUCAAACAAAAAGAGCCUUAAUCCUGAGUCUUCGUUUGAAUGAAGAUACGCUAAUAAAGAAGAGUAUCAUUGCUGUCGCUCCUGCAGAUAUUCCGGCUGUUGCUUCAUCAGUCCCCUUUAGAUAUCUGCAGAGAUUAGUCGAGGCACUAGCAGAUCUUCUUGAUAACUGUCCUCAUUUAGAAUUCCUUCUACAGUGGUGCCAGGAACUCUGUAAAGCCCAUGGCAAUUCUAUCCAGCAGAACUCCAGAAAUCUACUUCCUGCUCUAAAAUCCUUGCAAAAAUCAGUUACUAGGUUACACCAAGAUUUGGCUGACACCUGUUCGUCCAAUGAGUACAUGCUUCGAUAUCUAUGUUCUAUGGGCAACAAGAGAUAGUAGUCAUCACUUCACACGCCAGGAUUAUCACUGAUUAUCAAGACAAUGAGCUUAAAAGGUGAUCUCCAGAUUCAGUUGCUAGGACACAUUUAGCUUGUCGUGGUUAAAACCAGGCUCCUAAGAAGAAACUAAUGCAAGCAGGAUAACAAUUUUGGAAUCGUGCUCCUGGUGAAAUUGGGGUUUUGACAGUCCUCUACGUAUUUAGUGGCUGUAGAGCAAAGGUUACGAGCACUGCUUUUUUCUUUUUCUUUUGGGUUACAGUUUGAUUCUUUCAUGGGAAAAGAGGUGGAUUGAUGACAGGUUAUGGACAAAAUGUAUAUUGUUUUAAGCUAUUCAGAUUGAUGAAUGAAUGGCAUAUGCGAGAGGCUUGUCUAUUGACAACGUUAAUUGAAAUACAGUUGGUCGGAUUCUGUAA